UGCACAGAAAUGGAAACACCUGGGACUUCGGCACCAUAAAUCCAGGUAUAAGAGCAACUUAGACCACAGGUGUGGUAGCAUGCAUCCGCCACCAACUUUACUGUUACACCCCAGCUGUGCCUGCGCCACAUCUCAAUCAGCCACUCCACCAACUGUGCCACUCAACAACUCUUUCCAGCAGGCGCAGGCGGACACAAUCCAACCCUCUUGUCCAUCUCCCUUUCAACAGCAUCCAAAAAUAGCUAUUCCCAGGUCGAAAGCUGGAUGAAAUCAGUCCCACUAUAGUAGGUGGUUAGGACACCUGGCCAUAAAACGUGUCGAUCAUCGAUCACCUCCAUUUUGCGUCUGCCUGGGUCCUGGAUGAAAGAGUCGACGCCAUCCCGCUGAAGGUUCUGAUCGACGUGCCGUUGUUAUUACGGGCCGUGGUUGCAGUGGGAGAUGGUGAUCAGAUCUGGUGGGGAGUCGAUCUGAUUGCCAGUGGAGGUUCGCGGUGCUUGCAGGGGGAUCUAAUACGGUACAUCUCGGGUUCAAGAGUGCAUCGAAACACGAGUGGAAACAAGUUGUCAGGCGCAGAAACAUGAAAGGGGUGGACAAGAAUACAGUGCGGUAUGCCUCAAACCCAGCCACAUGCAGGCAACAUAUUGAACUCCUCGAUCCCUUCCCCCUCUCGCAUCCAACAGUGAAU